GCGAGCUCAAUGGCUUAGAGAAAGAGCUUGCUCGCAUUUUUCCUUUUGAUCUUGCUUUUCCAAUAUAUCAGGCUAGCAUUAAUAAGGUCUAUAGCAACGAUCCCCGGCUUUGGCGAUCGAGUUCCCCUCCGCCGUCAGCAUGCGCUUUGGAAAGACCCUCUCCGAUUCCAUCUACCCACCCUGGAAGGACAAAUACCUUGAAUAUGACAAGAUAAAGAAGCUGUUGCGCGAGGAUGAAACCUCUCCUCAGGGUCGAGGUGAUGCCGGAAGCUGGACAGAGCAAGAUGAGGAGAAUUUUGUCCACGAGCUCACGGUGGUGCAAUUGGAGAAGGUCAAUCAACACCAGGUCAACACCUUCAACUCCAUUCGAGAUCGAGCAGCCGCGUGCGAGUCGAAACUUCCUGAUCCCGAAAAAGAAGAUGCCGGAAUGUCCGAGGAUGACCGGAAAGCCGUCGCAAAGGAUACACUCAAAGAGUUGGAUAGCAUCUCGAAAGAGUUGAAUGAACUUAGAAAGUUCAGCAGAAUCAACUACACCGGCUUCUUAAAGGCUGCAAAAAAGCACGACAGGAAAAGAGGGCUCAAAUACCAUGUUCGACCAAUGCUCCAGGUCCGCUUAACUCAAACGCCUUUCAACCAAGAAGACUACUCACCCCUGCUGUAUCGUCUAUCUGCAAUGUACUCUUGGGCACGGCAAACGCUGGGAGAGGAAGCAUCAGGCAAAGAAACAGACACCGAUGUGAGACCGAAGGACGUCUAUACUGCACAUAAGUACUGGGUUCAUGUCGACAACUUGCUCGAGGUCAAGACGUAUAUCCUACGCCGUCUUCCUGUCCUGGUCUAUAAUCCGCAGUCUGUGAAGGUGGUGGACUUGUCGCAAAGUGACCCCGUCCUUACUUCAAUCUACUUCGACAACCAGAACUUUGAUCUCUACAAUAGCAAGAUCGAAAAGACGAAUGCUGGUGAUUCUGUCAGGCUGCGAUGGACUGGUCAACUCAGCGACAAACCGGAGAUUGUCCUCGAGAAAAAGACGGUUGGCGAGGAUACCGAAAGCAACGACAUCAGAAUUCAAAUCAAGGAGAAGUACAUCACUCCAUUCUUGAAGGGCGAAUAUAAGAUGGAGAAGCAGAUCAAGAAGCUCGAAGACAGGCUUGGCCCUGACCACCAAGCAGUCCAAGAUUUCAAAGCCAACGUGGAAGAGAUCCAAUCGUUCAUCAAAGACAAAGACCUCGAGCCAGUCCUGCGAGCAAGCUAUACCCGCACAGCUUUCCAGAUCCCAGGUGAUGAUAGGAUCAGAAUCUCCAUCGACACCGACCUGGCGUUCAUUCGUGAGGAUGCCUUGGACCCUGAUCGCCCGUGCCGGGACUCAGAUGAUUGGCAUAGGUCCGACAUCGACAAGAAUGGCAUGGAGUACCCAUACUCCGCCAUUAAGAAAGGAGAGAUUAGUCGUUUCCCUCAUGCUGUUCUUGAAAUCAAGGUCAAAGAUUCCAAAUUUACUAGGAACAAUGCUUGGCUACACGAUUUGAUGAAUUCGCAUCUUGUCAAAGAGGAAAAGAGAUUCUCAAAGUUCGUGCAUGGUGUUGCAGAGCUCUUUGAGGACUAUGUCAACAGCUUCCCCUUUUGGCUGAGUGAUCUUGAAACGGAUAUUCGGAGGGAUCCAGUCACAGCCUAUCAAGAAGAGCAAGAACGGGAACAGAAGAAGGCAGAGGAUGAGAUGGCAGUGGGUAGCUUCCUUGCCGGCUCGAAGCUAGGCUCUCCCAGAGGAAAGGCUGGUUCACCUGGGAAGUCACCUGGGAAAUUUCCCGAGAGAAGAAUCUCAGGACAAUUCUCUCAGUCUGUUCAAUCACAAUCCAGAUUGAGACAAUCCACUCAAUUCGAGCCCACGGCUGAAGAGCACGAUUCAGACAACGACGGUGUCCAAGUUGAAGUCCGGGACUCUUCCAAAGGUGGUCUUCGUUCUGUUCUACCGGCCUUUUCCAACUCUCGCUAUGCUCGGCGACACCGUCAGCGGAAUCCAUGGGAGAACGCUCCUCUUCCGCCUGGUGUCAAGGAGCCUGGUUUCUGGAUCAAAGAUCAAGGCGACCUAAAAGUCGAGGCCAAAGUAUGGCUGGCCAACCAGCGCACUUUCAUCAAAUGGCAACACAUCGCUGUCCUGCUGGCCACACUUUCUCUAGGUCUCUACAAUGCUGCGGGCGUCCAUAACAACGUGGCACGCGCUUUGUCAGUGGUAUAUACUCUCUUUGCGGUUUUUGCUGGUGUCUGGGGAUGGGCCGUGUACAUGUGGCGCAGCAAAUUGAUCACCGAGAGGAGUGGCAAAGACUUUGACAAUGCUAUUGGACCUUUUGUGGUUGCGAUUGGUCUUGCUUGUGCGUUGAUUCUGAACUUUGCUUUCAAGUACAAGGCUGCGGUUACGAAUCAGCCAGAUAUGAGUAAUGGUACGAUGCUGAUGCCUACGGUCAAGCAAUUGCCCGUGGGUGGUGUCAGCAAUGGCUUGUAUGUGCAGGAUCUCUAAAGGAGCAAUCACAAGUCGGCGAUGAAAAGUCUGGUUCAUGACAAACCGUCGAAAAAAUCAACUUGGCGGUGUGGUGGAAGACAGACCAGUUAAUUAAGGAAUACCAAUGGAGGAUACGGUCUCCCAAGUAGUAAUAGCACAGAAUGGACAUCAGAUCGAGCUUCGGGUGAGGACUGGCAUUCAAGCUUGCUUGGCUGAUAUCGCCCAGCUAAAGACCAGUCAGGACGUUUCAAGGUACCCAAGUUAAGCAGCUCUCGUCGAGUCUCAUUUCGCAUUCCA